AUAAGGGGGGGUGGUCUGUGCCUGAGAUAAGAGGCUACUUUAGUCCCAUAUAAACACGUUCACAGAUGUCUCUCCACGCUCUGUGUCCUCUGCUACCAUUACGACAGCCUGCAUCUGCUUAGCUGCUACACCACAGGAGCAGAACAGAAUGCUCUCCCUUCUCUCGCUGACGUCCGCGCGCGCGUGUGUGUGAAAUAAAGAGAGAGCAAGGAGGAGAGGAGUGAGCAGGGUAGGCUUCUCACUGCUGCUGAUUCUUUUUUCUUUUUUUGAUUUUUUUUUAUUAUUCUAUUUUUGUUUUUUUCAUCGGUUGAAGACUUGAAUCCAGGUGUCAGCUACCACUGUGGGAUAAAACAAAAUAAAGGGCUGCUUUGAAUGCCGCCUGCGUUUCUCAGAGAGGGGAGGACGAGCAGCAGAGCAACACAAGCAGAGACCAGCCGGAUUUUAGGAAUGAAUGGGAGUCCUUGCACAGCAUGCGCUGGGAAUAGCUGUCCGUUUGGACUCCUCAAGUAAGGGACUGGCACUGAGGACGUGACACUGCCGACAGGCGGACUGGAUGCCACCAGCCUCUCUGCCAAGCUCGGGCCCUUCUGGGUUUGUCUUCGCCCUCCUUCAGUCGUCUUUGCUCUGUCAGGGUUUGGGAUUAGGAACACAUGGAGCCUCCUCAUCAGAAUAACCAACCUAUCCAACCACACUAGAGAGAAAUCCUCAACUGCACACGUGUCAAGGAGAACAGCAUUAUCUGUCUUCGGCAGGAGCAGUUGUCCAUUUCUUGGGUCAUGGUCAGCUGAGAGAUCCAGAGUCCCCAGCACACAUUCUCUGCUGUGCAGCAUUGUUGUGGCCAUGAACACUUUAAAACCAUAGGUGAGCACAGGUAAUGACGAAGCGUCAGUCUGACUCUGGAGAUGCCGAAGAGAAGAGACGUCCUUGCCAUCGUGUUGAUUGUGUUACCUUGGACUUUACUCAUCACAGUUUGGCAUCAAAGUGCAAUUGCUCCUCUGCUAACCAUCCGAAAGGCCUGUUACCACCUAGUAAAAGAGCUCUUUAUCAUACCAGGGACGCUUGCAGUUCGCCGACACCAGCUUGCAGAUGACAGGGGAAACGGCCGGCGAGACACGGGCCAGGGCUCCGACUCCAAGGAAUACUGCUCACCAGACAAGGACAUAGUGGAGGUGGUGCGGACGGAGUAUGUGUACACCCGCCCCCCGCCCUGGUCCGACGUGCUGCCCACCAUCCAUGUCAUCACCCCCACCUACAGCCGGCCUGUGCAGAAGGCAGAACUGACCCGGCUGGCCAACACCUUCCUGCACGUGCCCAACCUGCACUGGAUCCUGGUGGAGGACUCUCAGCGGCGCACCCCGCUGGUCACUCAGUUGCUCCACGAGACGGGCCUCAACUACACGCACCUCAACGUGGAGACGCCCCGCAACUACAAGCUGCGGGGUGACGUGCGGGACCCGCGCAUCCCCCGGGGUACCAUGCAGAGGAACCUGGCCCUGCGCUGGCUCCGUGAGACCUUCAGCGUCAACAGCACCCAGCCGGGCAUUGUCUACUUCGCCGACGAUGACAACACCUACAGCCUGGAGCUGUUUGAAGAGAUGCGGUCGACUCGGAAGGUGUCCGUUUGGCCGGUGGCCUUCGUUGGAGGCCUUCGCUACGAGUCGCCCAAGGUCAACGCAGCUGGGAAGGUAUACGGCUGGAAGACGGUGUUCGACCCUCACCGGCCCUUCGCCAUCGACAUGGCUGGAUUUGCAGUGAAUCUUCGGCUCAUUCUAUUUAAGCCUCAGGCCUACUUCAAGCUGCGUGGCGUCAAAGGAGGCUACCAGGAGAGCAGCCUGCUCAGAGAGCUGGUCACUCUAAAUGACCUGGAGCCCAAAGCUGCCAACUGCACUAAGAUUCUUGUAUGGCACACCAGGACAGAAAAACCUGUUCUUGUCAAUGAAGGAAAGAAAGGAUUCACGGACCCGAACGUAGAGAUCUGAUACUGCUCCUGACAAGGGUAGUUGCCUGUGGUUGGACCUUGGGGUGGACUCCAGUGGUCACCUGGAUGGACUUGACAGAAAUUAUCAGGAAUUAUCGGCCCCUGUCACCUGUGUCAGAACCUCUUUCAUCCCGCGUACAAAGUACCUGCAGAGGAAUCGCCAAUCUAACAGUGUUAACUAAAAACAAGAUAUAAACACUUACAAUAAUGGUGACAUAUAAAUAAAUGUAAAAAGUAAAGCACAGAUGAGUGUAAGAUGGCAAUAUUUAUAAAUUUUAGUGUAAAAUGGAAAAAAAACAACAUGAUGUAAUGAUGACAGCCAAAAGACCUGGCACUGGCAAGCUGAGAAAAGGGGAAGUUUUUUGUUUUUUUUUCCUGCAUGGCGUGAUACUGUGACAGUUACUGUGUCCAAUCCAGAGAGACGGUGCAGCCCAGCCCACAGACAAGACCAAUGAAAUUGAGGGCAGUCAUCCAGGAACUGACCAAUCAGAAGGACUCUCCAUUUGUCAUCCAUUCAUUAGUAAUUUGGCUUGCUGUGCCCUGACCUCAUUUUGGGGCAGGAGGCUGUGCAGUAGAAAGACACCCUUGUCUGGCCCGAGUCAGCGGCAACUGACAGACGGAUGGAGGAGGAAAUGAGCCUAACCCCCUGCUCACACCACUGAAAAGCACUGUACCAUUCACACGACCCUCUGCAACCCUCACGUCAAUUAUGGACAGUCGUGCGGAUUCAGGACCAACAGGAUUUUGGAAAGAUUGUUUUAACAUUACAUACCUCUUAACAUUACAGCUGCGUUUCAUUUGUUCCUGUUUACAUGUAUUUUAUUGGCAGUCCAACACUACUGAGUCCUGUCUGUGUCAUUAUCUCACGUUAAGAAUUGUCACGAAGUGUGUUCUAAAAAUAUCUACCACUUAAAAAAGUUCACUCUACUGUUUUUAAUGAAAUUAGUAAAUGAGUUCCUUGGUUAGGACUUUCAUGGCAUAGGAAGACAAGAGCUCCAUAACAGGACUUAAAAUUUUACCAUUAGAGGUAUUUUAACCCUUGUUUUUCAUGUUCAUUUCCCUAAAAAGGGACAGACAUGGUAAGUGAAUUGGUAAGUAAAUUGCAGGGUACCAUUCAAAAACAAGCAAUAACUUGUUUAGUUUAGUCUUUGAAUGACUGAACUUCCUCUUGGUCAAGAAACGGAUGCAGCCUUCCUUAAAUCUCAUGUCCUCCCACUUUAUCCAACCAAUCUAAUCUUUUAAUGGCAGCAAGUCAACUGGUGUUUUCAUUUCAGCAUUGACAAUGAUGCCUAUGGCCAUAUCGUUCCUGAAAAAGCACUGAUGAGUUAAACCCAGCACAGGUUAUUCUUGGAUUCUGUUUGAGUGUACAUAUUGAUAUAAGAAAUGAGAAGGAAAAAAUGUGAGAUUUUUUGCCAUUAAAUAUUGUUCAUAUGUAAAUUAAGAUGUUUAACCACUGUAUGACAUAAAUGACUUAAAAUUAUAUGAACUUAAAAUGCCAAUACCUCAAUGCCUCCAAUAUGUCCUUGUUUAAUUUUUCCAUGAAUGUGCCAGUUUCUCAUUUCUCAACCUGCUGAUCCAAACAGAUCCCAGACCCUUUUCCAGAGUGGAUCCGGGCAUUUUGAGAGGUAAAGCUGGGGAUUCAGUCUUGGGCAUGUACACUCACAAGUACUUACAGUACAUCCGGUAUUACUGCAUUCUGUCUGCAAGGCAGCCUAAUACAGAUUUGGAAUAUCACUCCAAUACCUCAUUUGAGUCUGCGUUUUAUCUAUCAUCUGGAUCGAGAAGCUCUUUGGCACUGAGAUCAACAGCAAAUGCAUAUUGCUUCCAAAAUAAAGCCAGAUGAAGCUGUCCCAGCCAUCUGUUUGCACAAUAUCACAUGACAAAUGUUAAAUGAUGACUACAGUAUACUGUGAUUGCCAAAGUGUACGAUCCAGUGCCUGUCAAUUGUGGCCCACACAAGCUUCUCAAGUAAAGCAAUUUAAUUUUAUUUUUCUUAUUUAUUUAUUUAGCUUCCCACAAAGGUUGGAACUGCCAUCUGUUUUCCGCACUGAUUUGUACCUUUUAUUUUUCUCAGUAACAAAUAAAUUGUUUUACACACUUUCUGACAAUUCUUGACAAGUCGCCAUGCAGGAGAAGGGGAAUAAAGUCAAGGGAAUAACAUCUACCGGUGUAUUAGAUGAGUCAAGCACAAAGCAAUGAAAAACAAAUAGUAAAGAUUGCUGAUCUUCAAAGCCACUUCAAUGUGCACUCUUUGUCUGGGCCUACAUAAUCAAUGUGUUAAAGCUGUGUGUUUUGUGAUUGAAACUCCGUUCAAAGCUGUAUUGUUGUACUGUGCAUCUGACAGAAGUUGACUUAAAGCAGAAAGAGGCUUUUAAGUCCAAUAGACAUGCUAGAAUCACCAUGAAUAUUUGAUAAUGGACUGAAAUAGCAGCGUGCAGUUAAUCAGGCUUACCAAUAUAUUUCCAUAAUGCUCUGGUGAAAAAGUACAGUCUGUGUUCAAAGGGACUGCACAGAGAGAUGAAGCUCUUCUUUCCCCAUCCCCAAAUCAUGCGUCACAGAUUUCACCACUGAAAACAUCACAGAGCUGCCUCACAAUGGCAGCUCAGUGGUAGCAAUUGUUGAAACACCUUCCACAGCAGAUCAGUAGCAGUCUCUGUAGUUAAACACCAACCUCAAAGCUCAAACAGUUUUCUCAACUGACGUCUUAUCUGAUCCAACUAACAACAGGGAUCGUAUCAUCGAACACCUUCCUUGUAUAAACAGAUAAGCAUCAGAAACAGUGUUGAGACUGUUGCUUCACACCUGCGUCAGUUAAAUAUUCAAUCUUCAGUUAGCUCAGCAGUACAAGCUUACAUGUAUACUGUACGCUUUUCUGUUGGUAAAUUUCUUUUCAUGACAAAUGUCAAGAGAAGCUUGCAGGCCCAUUUAUGUAUAUUUUUUUAUCGAUACAUGUUCUCAGUGAUCUAAUUCCAGGAGUAAAUGCACUGUUUUGCCAAAACUGUUGCUCUACCGCUAAAUAUUCUUUUAAGUGGCUGAGAUUCAUCCAGGUUAUACACAAGGCGUGUCAAUAAAAGACAAAGUCGCAAAACUGCUGUUGACAAUUAACAAACAAUGUCAAUUAUCAAAGAUACAGGGGAACAUACAUGGAGACAAGCACAUUUCCGCACCUCUAAUACACACUUCAGCAUCUGAGUGGAAUCCCAUUCACCAGUCAGCCUUCACUGUCCUUCCUAAUAUAUCUUGCAUUUGCCAUUGUUGUCCUCUUCAGACCUCCCUGCCCAUUCCUAUGAGGUCACUUCCUGUAGUUCUGAGUACCUGUAAGAGUGGGGCUGAUAUUUGCCUGGGUAUUUCACUGGGGAAAAGGUCCUAGUAUAGUGUGAUACUGCUAUAUGUUCAGCAGCAUACCUCACAGAUUGCAGGAUCUUCUCUAAACACACAGACAUGCACAAUCUGGGCUAAAUCCCCAGUCUCUUUUGAGGUUUUACUCCCUCUGUCCACUAUGAUCUCCAAACUGCUGUCAAGUCACACUUAACCCUUCCUGUUGUUUACACUUUACUUUAUUUUUCUAUUUCAUUACUGCAAUUACCAACUCCAUAAGACCCCAUCAAGAAGAGGAACACAAAAAUAUGGGUAUCCAUGUUAAAACAAUACAAAAUGUAUUGGAUUCAACAAUAUUUUCACCAAUGAAUGUUGAAACCUGUAGAUUUGAUGUAUAUUUCUGACUGACCCAAAAAAAG